GGUGGCUUUUAUUCACCCCCUCCCCUCCUGUCCCCUCCUCAAUCUCAUCUGAUCAACACAUGCGGGCGUCUGCACAAAGAGGGCCGCCCACCGUCCUCAUGUCGGGUUUAAGGUAGUGGAUUUAAGGGGCCAGUUAUGGCUCAUGGGAAACAGCCCGGAACCAUUUCCAGGAUUCUGGCUGUCAGCCCUCCGUCGUGCCCCGGGGUCGGACUUACAAGAGCGGGCCAAGAACAGCAGCAGGGCUCGGUUAAAAAGGCGACGCAGCAACCACCUUGUUCCUUGAAGGAUGACGGCGGCGAGCAGCUGACUCCUCCUGUGUCUGCAGCGCACCUGUACACCAGCUGUGACCCGGGCCCCGAGGACAUGCAGGACGCCGGCUCCGAGUACGACAACGUGAGCUCCGACGUCGAGCAGGACUACGAUGAGGUGCUGCACCUGAAUGCCAGCUUCUACAAACAGCACUUUCCUGAGGAUGUAAAGCACACAGGAGGUGAGAAUGUACCUGAGAGCUCUGCAGCCGACCCCAUCACACCCAGGUCAUGCCAUGGCACCAAAAAGUGCGAGGGAUCACAAUCAGAUGCCAAACUGCACAAGGCUGGUCACCGCUUUAUGUCUCGUUGUGCAGUGGUUGCUGCAGACGAAGCAGAGGAGGGAGUGAAACUGGUCCAGGGGGACAGGCUCCUCCUCAGUGAUGGAGAGGAGUUAGAGAAGGUGCUGGAUGGAGCUCAGUUCAUGGAGGACUUGGCUCAGACGGAGACUGCUCAGAGGCCGGGCGGCCUCCACCAGCCCAGUGAGAAUAAAAAAGUCAAAAAGGGAAGUCAGGAACGAAAAAGGGAGGAGGAAACACGAGCCACAAGACACCACAAUGCUCCAGGAGCUGGGAAGAAGGGUGAGCCAUCCUGCGGGGGUCCGAAGGAGAAUGAGCGGCAGGGUAAAGGACGAGGGAGGAGGGGGGCAGGAGGAGAAACUGAGCACACUGUUCCUGGGAUCAAAGGGUGUGGGACCAACAGCGCCGAGCAGCGUCCAAAGACUUUGUCCAAGGACUGCAAAAAGUCUGCAGUCAGGUCCAAGGACAGGUCUGGUUCCAGUAAGCACCAUCAUCCUCCUCCACCGCCCCACCGUCCUCCUCCUCCUCAGUCACCUCCAGGCUCUCAGAAGGCCCUGCCCCAGAGGGAGAGUCCUCCUGCAUCCAGUCCCUCCACUGCUGUCAGCCAGGAAAUCCAACCUGGGGCGAUGAAACCAUCUCUGGAUCCUCAUCACACGGCAGAACAACAGGAGGAGUCCCCCGAGGAGACGCCGAGAGGGCUGGAGAAACCCGAGCAGGAUGAGGAGCUGAGCACAGCCAUGACGCCUGAGGAGGAGCAGGAGCUGCAGAGGAGGCCUCCCUGUCCGGAGUUCGUCUCUGCAGAGGACAGCAACUCUCCCAAGGAAACACAAGAAGCUACUUCUUUUCCCAGCUUUGAAGAUGUUCCAGGUCCCUGCGAGCCGGAGGACCUCAUUGACGGGAUCAUCUUCGCUGCUAAUUACCUCGGAUGCACUCAGGUGUUGUCUGAUAAAAACCCGUCCAAGUCGGUCCGAAUGUCGCAGGCCCACGAAGCCGUCAGCCACAUCAAGAGCCAGAAUGAAGAGUCUCAGAUGAUGACAGAAGUGGACCUCUUCAUCUCCACGAAAGCUGUUAAAGUACUGAACGCUGACACGCAGGAGACGAUGAUGGACAGUGCCUUGCGGACCAUCUCCUACAUCGCUGACAUCGGCAGCAUCGUGGUUCUGAUGGCACGGAGGCGCAUGUCUCAGGCCUCAUCGGAGGAUUUCUCUGAAUCGUCCGACUCCAACAGCGAAGGGAAGAGUCAGUACAGAAUGAUUUGCUACAUCUUUGAGUCAGAGGAUGCCCAGCUGAUCGCCCAGUCCAUUGGCCAGGCUUUUAGCGUGGCCUACCGAGAGUUCCUGCGAGCCAACGGCAUCAACCCGACCGACCUGAGCCACAAACAAUACAGCGACAUCAUCAGCUCCCAGGAAAUGUACCACGAUGACCUCGUUCAUUUCUCAAACUCUGAGAACUGCAAAGAGCUGCAUGUGGAGAAGCAGAAAGGCGAGAGCCUCGGUGUGGUGAUAGUGGAGUCCGGCUGGGGCUCCAUCCUGCCCACCGUCAUCCUGGCCAGCAUGCUGAACAGUGGCCCCGCCGCUCGCUCCGGAAAACUCAGCGUCGGGGACCAGAUCAUGUCCAUCAAUGACACAAGUCUGGUGGGGCUGCCGCUGGCUACCUGCCAGGGCAUCAUCAAGGGUUUAAAGAAUCAGGUGAAGGUAAAGCUGAGUAUCGUGAGCUGCCCUCCCGUCACCACAGUCCUCAUCAAAAGACCCGACCUCAAGUUUCAGCUUGGCUUCAGUGUUCAGAACGGCAUCAUCUGCAGUCUGAUGCGUGGAGGCAUUGCUGAGAGAGGCGGCGUUCGCGUCGGACACCGGAUCAUUGAAAUUAACGGUCAGAGCGUUGUUGCUAUGGCACACGAGAAGAUUGUUCAAACCCUGUCUGUCUCCGUGGGUGAGAUCAACAUGAAGACCAUGCCCGCUGUCAUGUUCAGGCUGCUGACCGGACAGGAAACACCCAUCUACAUUUAGGGACCCUGCUCGGAUCGGACCGCUGCAGCUCUCUGGAUGAGAAUUUAUUUUUCUAUCAUUUUAUUUAUUUUUUUGCCUCUUGUUGCAAUGCUGUAAAAGAACAUCCGGUUCUCGUUUUCAGGUUUUUAUCUUGAACUGCAUCGUCAUAAUGGCCUUAUUAUAAUGUGAAAACUGUCUGUAGUGCUGUACGUGAAGUCAACGGUGUUUGAAGAGAAGUAGCUUUAUGGUCAUGAUUAUUUUCCUAUGAAGAGAUAAAAUGAGCACAUUUAUUUUUUAUUUAGUCAUUUUUUUAUAAUGUGGAUGGGGUUUAAAAUUGCAGUUAAGCUGUAAAUACUUUGAGUUACUCAAGGACUUGAUGGGAAGGCCCGAUUACUCCUGCAAAAUUACAGUAUGCAUGUGAUUGUGACAAACCAGGGAUUCAUUCUGACAUGUUUGUCUAAAACAGUAUUAAAAUGUUUAAAGAUGGGACGUUCAAAGACACUGAGCUCUGCAUUACAGUGACACCGACGGCCAUAGACACACUUCUUGUUCAGAGGCAUACAUCGAGUGAUCGUUACUUUGA